GCUGCGGUCACACUAUGCACGUGUAAAUUUUGUGCCCCGAAAUAAACAAUAAUUUGUGCAGUUUUAACACGCAGCCAUGAGUUCCGACGAGCACAGCGAUGGGAUAGAGGACCUAAAGGACCUGAUGGCCCUUUACAAGCAGGAGGAAAAGCCACCGGCCACGAAUCAAAGAAAACCCUACGUCCCUAAGGCUUCCAAGGCGAAAAAUUUGAACUAUGUGGAGGUGCCCAUGGAAAAGGUACUCUUUGGGGACAGGGAGCGAUUCCUCAAGAACCUUGCCGCCUCCGUAAAAGGUCGUCCCGUACUGGACGAAGACGAUGAAGAGAGGGAACAAAAAUCCGAUGAUGAUGGCCCGGGGAAGAAGAGGAAAGCUGCCUGGUCGGAUUCCGAUGACGAGGACCUCCAAGUGGGCGAUGUGAAGAAGCCCACCAAGCACACGGGACCCCUGAACCACCUGCGCAAGGAUAAAUCCUACAAGGAGUACCUGACGGCACGAUUCCAGCGCACCCAAAACCAACCGAAAUGGGCGGAAAAGAGGGUCAAGGAGGAUGACGAUGACCUGUCAUCCGACGAAGAGCUGCUACGGACAGUGGGCUUCAUUGAUCGCAAGGCUAGGCGCAUUGAUCUGCCGGAAAAAACGUUGAACUUUAAGCGUGUCAAGGAUUUGAACAGAGCCUCCUACGCUGAGGGCCGCGUCUCCAGCGUGCAGUUCCAUCCCUCGAGCACGGCAGCUCUGGUGGCCGGCGAGAACUCCGUGGCCACCAUCUACACGGUGGACGGACAGAAGAACGAAAAGCUGCACAGCAUGCGCUUCAAGAAGUUUCCCCUACUCUGCGCCCGGAUUGCUCCCUGCGGCACCAAGGCGUUCUUUGGUUCGAUGAAGAAACACUACUAUGCCUAUGACCUCCUGGAGGCCACGGAAACCAAGCUGGUGCUGCCCAGCAACAUACACUCGAUGCACCGCUUCGAAGUGUCGCCUUGUGGGAAAUUCAUCGUCACAGCCGGGAAGUAUGGAGCCAUCCACCUUCUGACGGCCAACACCAACGAGCUGCUGCACAGCUUCAAGCAGGAGGGCGAGGUGCGAGGCCUGUGCUGGUCCGGCGACUCCCGCAAGGUUCUCGUCUGCGGCUCGAGUUCUAAUGUCAGUGUGCUGAGUCUGCGGCAAAACCUAAUCGAGCACUCCUUCCUGGACGAUGGCUGCAUCAACGGGCAGUGCAUUCAGCUGGCCCCCAAUCAACGCCUUUUGGCCACCGGCAGCAACGAGGGUGUGGUGAAUAUCUACGACUACGACACAGUGUUUGCCUCGGCCAUGCCGCAGCCGGAGAAGCGCUUCAUGAACCUGAGGACGGCCAUUUCGGAUCUGCAAUUCAAUCACUCUUCGGAGCUGCUGGCCAUGAGCUCGAAGGAAGCGCCAAAUGCCAUGAAGCUGGCACAUUUUCCCAGCGCCACCAUCUACUCCAACUUCCCCAUGCAAACGGAUAAUGUGGGCUUUGUGACCUCGAUGGCCUUCUCGCCGCACAGCAGCUUCGUGGCCUUCGCCACCAAGGGCAAGCGGGUGCCGCUCUAUAGGCUUAAGUACUACAAGAAUUAUUAGCUUUAAUCGAAGAUUGUUCGAUUUUUAUACGCAUUUCCGAUAAUAAAAACAUGCAACUGUUAUAUAAACAUAAAGAAACAGAA